AUGGAUCAUCACUCGGCUGUUUUUCCUCGCGGCGAGGCGCCAUUCGACUUCUACAAAUACAACCCCUCGGCGACGGCAGGAUGGGCGUUUCUGAUCCUCUUCGCUAUUGGCGGAACAGUCCAUUCUGGAUGGAUGAUCUACCUUCGCUCCUGGUUCUUCAUACCCUUGAUACUCGGGUGUGCCGGUGAAGCCGGCGGCUACUGGGGGCGGAUAAAAGCACAUGACCACAUCCGGUCCAGCGGGCCCUACCUGCUACAAAUGAUGCUGCUGCUGGCCUCGCCCCCGUUCCUGGCCUGCACGAUCUACAUGACACUGGGGCGGAUCAUCCGCAACCUAGACGCGCACAAACUCUCGCUCAUCCGCACCACCUGGCUCACCAAACUCUACAUCGUGAUCGACGUCGGCAGCUUUGUCGCGCAGAUCAUGGGCUCCGCCAUGCAAGCGAGCGCGGACGGUGCGGCCAAGGGCGUCAAGAUCGUCACAUACGGCCUCGUGUUCCAGGAAGUCGCAUUCGUCUUCUUCCUGCUGAUCGCGGGCCUCUUCCAUGUCCGCCUUAAUCGCACCCCGACGCCCCUGUCGAGGCAUCCGCAAGUCCGCUGGCAGCGCCAUAUGUGGGCGCUUUAUGCUACCAGCGGCUUAAUCUUCGUCCGCAAUCUGUACCGCAUUGUCGAGUUUGUCCAGGGCGGUGAUGGCACGGUCGCUACCCAUGAGGCGUUCAUGUAUGUCCUUGAUGCUGGGCUGAUGCUUUCGGUUGUUGUGGUUUUUGCCGUUGUGCAUCCUGGCCAGCUUAUGAGAGCUAUACAGCGGGUGCAGAAAUCGCCGGGUUUGGAAGAGGGCCGGUAUGGUAUGGUAAGUAGCCGGGAGAGCCUUGCUGGGUAGGCGCUUGUGUCUAGUUCUGGGGAACGGCGCGUUGUUUUUUUUAUUUCUUUUGUUGUUUGCUUGCAGCUUUCGCACUUUCUAGACAUCGGGUUUCUUUUGUUGGGCGGGGAGUUUUGCUACAAAUUGGGCAUAAACGGGAGGCCUCACGUUGAAGAAUUA